AUGGCCACUCCAGUUGAAAGGUUUCCGAAUGACGCGAUAUUCACCAACCUGGUCAAGCUAAGAGACACUGUCCCCGGCGUGGUGAUUUAUGACGAAUAUGGCAUUGAGGCAGCGUAUCGGGAUCUUUUCGAAGACAUUGUGAAUUUGCGCCAGGUCUUGCGAGAAACGCUUCCCCCCGAUUGUAUGGACAGCAGGGGUCUCUUGCGACCAGAAGCCAAACCCGUUGCUAGUAUGACAGUCAGCAUCUACUACUUUAUUGUUAGCUUCCUUACUAUUGCGUCUCUGGGGGGAGCAUCUGUUCCGCUGUCAUCCACGGCCACUCUGGAAGAAACUGCCUAUUCCUUGAGCAAAGCCAAUGUCUGCUGUAUUUUAUUUGAUCCAUGGACAGUCAAUCAGUCCGCUCCGAUCAAAAACCAUAUACAGAAAAGCCCAGGCCAGCGGCUUCACACCAUCCAGAUGCACCCAGCUGAAAGAAAGUCAACUUCAACCAAGAUCGAGAUAGAUGAGUCCCUCACUUUUCCUGAGAGUGAUACAUGCUGGAUCAUGUUUUCCUCGGGCACCACCGGGCAACCGAAAGGUAUAGCCAUCCCACGGCGAAACUUCUUUUUCGAAAUCCAGGUGGACCCCACGGAUCUAUUUCUGACGUACCGCCCGGUGCACUGGAUAGGAAGUGCAAUUACGCCUUUGAUAAAUGUCUUGGUGGGAAAGAAGACUAGCGGCCUUAAGCGUGGCGCUGGCCCAGCUCACAUCUGGGAGGCGCUCAAAGAAGGCAUCAUCACAAGAACCUCGCUAACCCCCGUGCGUCUCAAAGCCAUGCAAGAAUAUUAUUAUUCCACUAUUUGUCAGUUUUCAUCGGAAGACCAGGACAGAUAUGUUGCUGGAGCGUCCAAGCUGCAGUCGGUUAUGUCCAGUGGUUCUGUGUUGAAUCCUGCGACGGCGAAAUUCUGGAAGAAUCUUACCAACAUGCCCAUCGUCACUGCAUAUGGGAUAACCGAGUUAGGAGGCGGGGUGUUUCGGACCUCUCCUCGGAGUCCUUUUGUCGAUGGAAGUAUCGGCGAGCCUAUGCCAAAUAUGAUGGUCAAGCUGUCCGACGGCGACAAGGGCCAACUUUUCGUCAAGGCCCCUGGGAUGUUCACCCACUACAUCGGCGAUGAGGAGGCCACCAAGGCUGCCUUUGAUGAAGAAGGUUUCUUUAGGACAGGUGAUAUUCUUCGUCGCGAGGGGAAUCAAUACAUAUUUCUCGGAAGAGCAUCAAGUGACUGGAUUAGAUUUUCCGCAUUCACAGUAUCAGUGCUUGAGGUCGAGGAGCGCCUACUUAAACUUCCAUACGUAUCGGAAGCAUACGUGCUCCCUGUCAUGGACUACGAAGUGAGGAACCUGAUUGCGGCAGUCAUUCGGGUGAAAGCCGAUUAUACUGAGGUCAACCUUUGCAAGAUUCGUGAUGAUCUUUCUUCGACUACCGAGUCAUACAAAUUACCCAGACUUCUACGAAUUCUGCGAGAAAAAGAGGUCGCUCCUUUGACAGCUUCGGAAAAAGGAAGGAAAAACGAAAUGCGUGAAAAAUACUUCAAAGUAUCCGGCUAUCGACCCAAUGAUUAUUUCGUGCCUGGUGUGGAAUUCUGGGGAAAUGAGACUGGCAGUUAUUUUAUUAACCCGACAGAAAGGGUAUCCUCAUCAUGA